AGAAGCAGAUCCAUUUCUUCUCUGAGCAGCUCGCCUAUGGCCACUCCUUUGAACGGAAACAGCAGGCUGUCAGCUGCCAUGGAGAGGACAGGCCAGUGGGUUUUCUCCCAAGAGAUCCCCACUGAUGUUAUAGUUGAAGUUGGUGAAGCCAAUUUCAAUCUUCACAAGUUCAUGCUGGUGGCGAAGAGCAAUUACAUAAGGAAACUGAUAAUGGAAACAGAAGAAGCAGAUUUGACGAGAAUCAACCUGUCCGAAAUCCCCGGAGGCCCUGAGAUCUUCGAGAAAGCAGCAAAGUUCUGUUAUGGCGUCAACUUCGAGAUUACGGUCCAUAACGUGGCGGCUCUCCGAUGUGCCGCCGAGUAUCUUCAAAUGACUGAUAAAUACUGCGAUAACAACUUAGCAGGGCGCACCGAAGAUUUCCUCUCACAAGUUGCCCUCUCUAGCCUUUCUGGCGCCGUCGUCGUUCUCAAGUCAUGCGAGGAUCUGCUUCCCAUGGCUGAGGAACUCAAAAUUGUUCAAAGAUGCGUUGAUGUCGCCAGUGCUAGGGCUUGUAGCGAGGCGAGCUUCCCUUGCCGUACGCCUCCAAACUGGUGGACGGAAGAGCUGUCGAUCCUGGACGUUGAGUUCUUUGGCAGAAUCAUUUCCUCAAUGAAACAAAAGGGUGCGAAGGCGCUAACCAUAACCACCGCUCUCAUAACUUACGCAGAGAGAUGGCUCCGAGAUCUAGUACGCAAUCACUCGGGCAAUGGCAUCAAGUUCUCCGAGCCCAUAGACUCCGAUCUUCGGAUCCAGCAGCGUGAGCUUUUGGAGUCCAUAGUGGCACUGCUACCGGCAGAGAGAGCUGCUUUUCCGGUCCACUUCUUGUGUUGUCUUCUCCGCUCUGCAAUUUUUCUGAAAACUUGCAGUGCUUGCAAGAACGAGCUGGAGAAACGGAUUUCGCUCAUAUUGGAGCAUGUCACGGUUGAAGAUCUUUUGGUUUUUUCUUUCACAUAUGAUGGUGAGAGGCUCUUCGAACUCGAUAGCGUCCGGAGGAUCAUCUCCGGGUUUGUGGAGAAAGAGAAGAACAUGGCUGUUUUCAACGGCGGUGAUUUUAGGGAUGUAAGUUCCUCAGCCAUGCAGAGAGUUGCUAAGACUGUAGACGCAUACCUUGCUGAGAUAGCAACCGUGGUUGAACUCACCAUCUCCAAGUUCAACGGUAUUGCUAAUCUCGUCCCAAGAGCUAGAAAGGUCGAGGAUGAUCUCUAUCGGGCCAUUGACAUUUACCUCAAGUCUCAUCCAAAUCUAGAUGAGAUUGAAAGGGAGAAGGUAUGCAGCUCCAUGGACCCCUUGAAGCUGUCAUACGAAGCUCGAGUGCAUGCAUCCCAAAACAAGCGGUUGCCCGUGCAGAUUGUUUUGCACGCGUUGUACUAUGAUCAGCUGAAGCUAAGGAGUGGCGGACCGGAUGACCGCACCGAGCCAGACGCCGUGACCACCAGGAAUCAAUUGAAGGCAGACGUAUCGCUGGUAAAGGAGAACGAGGCUUUGCGAACGGAGCUUUUGAAGAUGAAGAUGUACAUAUCCGACAUGCAGAAGAACAAUCAAACUGGAACAAGUUCAAGGAGCAGUGGGAAAAAGCCUACCUUUUUCUCCUCCAUGUCCAAGACUCUGGGCAAGCUAAAUCCCUUCCGACAUGGCUCCAAGGACACUUCUCAUAUCGAUGAUAACAUUGGAGUGGAUGUUACCAAGCCCAGGAGGAGAAGGUUUUCAAUAUCUUGAUUAAUUUAUUAGUUACCGCCGCGUUUGUUUGUGAUGGUUGAUGUUGUAUGUUUUGUUUGAUUUCUAUAUUUUUGUGAUAAGCGAUCUGAAUUUGUUAUAAAUUAUAUAAGCUGCUGAAUUUGUCAAACGAA